AUGCGGUUUGGCAGACAGCCACGACGAGGUUGUGACCGCAUUGAGACCAGCAAACUUACCAAGCAAGCUUUCCUGGAUGCCUAUCAACGUAAACUGUCAUGCGAGCUGGAUAAACGCCCACUUGAUGCAACUGAAGCGCACUGGUCUCCUAUUCACCAGACCUUACUAGCAGCAGGACACUCCGCAUGUGGUAUUUCUAAUCUCCAACAUGAACAUUGGAUCUCUUCAGAGUCUCCGGAACUUAUAGAUGCUCGCGGCAUAUUCCGGUUGGAUGCGGACACUAAGAAACUGGCAAUGAGCUCCGGGUAA